GCACGAUAACCGCAAUUCAUUGGCAGUGGUAUAGGAUAUGUACUGGAAUACAAAGGAUAUCUUCCUUGAACACACACAUGGCACGACCCGAAUAAAGUAAACUUGAGAUUGAAUAACGAGCGCGCGCGACGAUAACCCAUAACCAAACCGUAUGAAAUCCACGAAAAAGAAAGACACACGAACGAAAAAUAAUCUCAAUGGAAGGGAGGCGAGGGACAACCCCCGCGGAUGCAUGCGGCAUCCCAAUGCGAAAGCACGAUAGCGAGGAGGCGAUAGAGUGGAAAGCGAGAGAGUGCGCUCGAAUGGGAUCCAGACGACACACGAAGGGAGCAAUGACGGGGACCCGGGAAUAAGAUGAAGAAAAGUCCACGAGGGUAGGGGUAGGGUAGGGUAGGGUAGGGGUAGGGUAGUAACUACUCGUACACGGAAGGAAACGAUGGACGCAGACGGGUAAGCGAUGAUAGUACACAAAUUUACAAAGCAAACGAACGGGACAAAAACGAGACGAGACGCAACGAACUUUUGGGAGAGGAUACGAGAACUGCAAUGCAAGGGGGCUCGCGACGCGUGGAGGGGAUGUUCCUGACGAACGAGGUGACACGGACGACCCAUUAGGGGUGAGGGAGGAUGAUAUGAGCAAGCGAUGUCGUGAUGUCGUAAGAUAGAGACAAAUAAGUGAUGUCGUGAUUAGGAUCGUCGGCGUCGUGUCGUCGUCGAUGGUAUCAUAUGGGCAUGUGGUAUGCUGUGGGGAACAAUGCAAUGCGAGGCUGGGGUAACCAGAUGAGAACGAAAGCCCGGGUCGCGACGACUAGCGCCGAACGACCUCCUUG